AUGGAUCCAAGGCUCUGUUCUAUUCCCCAGAAUGUAGUUGCGGCAACUGACAUUACUGCCGUCGUUGAACGAGGUCCUCCAGGAGCUCGAUUGCCCGUUGCGGAACGUUCAAACUACACGAUUGUUGUUUUGGUGAAAAAUGGUCGCUUGCUUAUCGUGCAAACUGAGGACAUCCCAUCUUCGGACGAAUGGCGUACAAUGUCAUACGACGAUGUAAUGGCGGAUUGUCGAGCUUACGAAGCGCUCCUCUCACAACGACUGUCAGUUGUUGCGUCUCUUCUUGACACGAUCGAAUUCGAAAAGUCACAAUUUGCGAUCUUAGUAUCCGAUGCCCAGCAGAGUCGUCUAGUAGCACAACCUUUGGACGAUAUACCCCCACUUAUAGCUCCAUUAGGAUGGCUUCCCCGAGUGCAAGAAUCAGACUUACUCGUCGUUCAAUGGCUGGACGAUAGGGUACAUUGUAUAUGGAACGACCAGCAGGUUGAUUUCUUUACAACCUUUGCUAUUCCGAAUCGAUGGAGGUUACAACAGAUGAUCACAAUAACACAUCUCCUUGAAAAAUCGAAAAUUCAUAUCACUUACGAACCACUUGCUAUCGUUCUACGGGGUGCUGAAGUGUCCGGCCUCAUUAUGGCCAGGGUUGAAGGGAGGUUACUCGAAAUGCGAGACCGUUCUCUGGAAAGUUCUUUGCAUCGAUUCAGAGUUUUUCUAUCUCAUCAUCUUGAACAGGUGUACAGUACCUUUACCCAGCUUCACGAAUCAAAUAUCAUGUUCGAGAUCGAACCUUUUAUGGACUGUUUAUUGGUUCACAAGGGAAAUCUUUGUCUCACUCAAUGUGUUCAUUGCUUGGUUCAGUACGAACCUGGGGACAGAGAGAGAGACCGACUCGAAGCCAGGUCUUGGCGAGCGUUGGACAAGCUCUUCGAUGAUCUCCCUCAAGUAGAUAGGUCGCUGGUCGUGGACAUGAACAGGUGCUGGCGUAAGCCGACUCUGCUCAAUUAUGUUCCCAAUCCAGAGCCUUUGAUUUUUCGCAUUAUCUAUUGGACCAAUACCUCUGCCGAGAAAUACCAAAACGCCGAGAGGAAAAAGAAGGACAGGCACUCUACGAAACCUCACCUCAAGUCAGACACCAAUAGCUUUAUGAGACACAAAACGGCCAAUUCUCUAUGGAAGCCCGCUUAUCAUCCUUAUGGUACAGACAAGUAUACCCUUCUAAUCUCCAGCCAACCCGAGAUUGCUCGUCGUACUUCAGACAAGCACAAUCGGAGAAGGGCCUCGAGAGUUGUUGUUCGAGGUGUUUCCAUGGCAAGUGACUAUACACUUGUAGAUGUGGAUGAUGAUACCACUGUAAUCGGUGAUGAGAGAUGGAUAUCCUGA